AUGGCCUCGAUGGAGCCGUCCGAGGAUGACAUCUCGCAGGUCAUUGACUUUGCGGGCCUCAAUCCAGUCGAUGACCGUGCCUUGGUCAUAAACGCGCUCAGAAAUAAUAAUCGAAAUGUCGAAACCGUCGUUAUGCAAUACUUUGACAACUCUGAGAGUUUCCGACAAAAGUAUACUUCGCUAUGGAACGAGGCCAUGUUUUCAGCCGAUAGAGACGGUGCCAUCGGUAACAAUGCUGGCAGAGGGGGAAAUACUAUGCACUCGCAAGAGGAUGAGGACAUGCAAAGAGCGUUGCGGGAAUCAGCUCAAGAAGCGGGGCUAUCGAUCCCUCCGCAAGAAUCUGGAGUCAUAGAUCAGUCGACCUCAACGCCGUACUUUGGCCCCGCGAACCGUUCCGAAUAUGACCAGGACAACUGGGCCAUGGUUCCCGUUGGGCCGCUCAAGACAAGGCUAGAUAACGCUCCAUCACCAGCUCAGAGAAAGCGAGCCCCCGAAACUCCGGCAUUCCUAAUCCAGGGACCUAGCUCAGCGAGACACCACACCUUGGGUGGCUUACUCACGAUAUUUAGCCAAAUUCCACUGGCAAGGAAUGUCCUCCUACAGUGUGGCUCUCCUGCGGCAUCCUACGGUUUCAAUAACGAAUGGUGGAACGGGCAGGAGAUUCUACCUCCAGAAGCCUUACGACAGAUGCAGUCAGGAGAAACGGAUUGGGGCUACGAUAAUACUCCGAAGCCAAACUUUGAAGAAGAAAUCCAUCGGCUCAUGGCGUUUCUUGAGCUGACAGAGAGGAGUUAUGCGACAGUCGCUACGCUUUCGAAUUUGAUGCAGGAUGCAACAAAUGAUACGGAGAAGCAAUUUUAUGCACAUCUCGGAGACACUAAUGGUGGAAAGCUGCUAGAGCCGUUGUACCAAGAAGCGGUACUGACAAGCGUCGGUAGUAACGACGAUGACGAGGCCCAGCAUGCGACUUUUGGACUGCUUGAAUUUGACCACUCAGGGCUCGAGUACGCCCACAUCAAAACCCUCUACGAAGCCCUGGAUUAUUUGAUGUGGGGAGACUUGCUGUCGUGGCACGAUGCGGACGACAGGGCUAGAAUCGCCAUGUUUCGGAGAAUGGGAGAAGUCCUUAGUAUCAAAGUCGGAAAUGAUGGGCCGCUUGAUUCGUUUGACAUUCCAGAAGUGCUAUACCCGGAACGAUAUCUGGAAAGUCGUAAGGAGGAGGCCAAAAGAAUAGCAUCUGCUUUACUGGAAACCAAGAAUGCUUUCGACAUCGUGACAACCGAGGAGCGGCGUCUACAGGAAUGGCAGGAUGACUGGAACCAGUUGACAUUUAACAAGACGGACAUGAUCCGCAAUGCUACGGAGCAGUGGAAGGCCUUUUCCGACUACCUUCAGACCUCCGGCCAGUUUCAGGCGAUGGAAGCCUCGGGAUUCGACACAAACAAGUAUCCCAACUACCGGGAUGCGCCAUGUCAAAUGACGGCGGAACAGGCCAAACACUCUGAACAGGUGGACGAAGUGCUUCUUCUGACGGAACGGAUACUGCAUGAUAUGGAAGCAAAGACCGAAGACCUCCGCGUUCAGCUAGAGCAGAUUCAAGCCAAACAACGCUUUCUCGGCAAACUCUUGACUGUCCCAGACAAGCCAGGCCGACCAAAGCCAAUGACUUGCAAGAAGUAUCUUCUCAGAGGUGUAGCAACCGACAGAGAUAUUGUUUAUGUCUGCCAACGUGUGUACCCGGAGUUCGAGGAGUCAGAAGAACCGAAAUCGCCAGUCGAUCAAUGGUGGCGGCUAGAAUACUGUCCCAAUGAGGACCAACUAAGAGUAGAAAUUGAGCGAGUCUUGAGAGAUGUGUGGCAUGAGACAAAGACGCCUCUUCUCAUAUAUGCGACCGAAGAAGCACUCUCCACGCCGAGAACCCCGCUGUCAGAUGCCCUGAAUAUGUUUGUCAGAUCGGAUAAUAAGGCUUUUCGGCAAGAACUGAAGCGGCCCGCCGCCGACAGCGUGGAGGAAAGGAGGUAUACGUCUGUCGACCCCGUCUCGCCGUCCAAGCGAAAGCACCGAGAUAGCAUGGACUCCAUGGAUACGAACCGAGCGUCCAUCGGCAGCGAGGACAGAAGUCCAUUUGAAAAUGCAUUUGACGAACAAAUAGAGCAAUCAGAGAUGGAGAUGGCAGACAUGUCUGGAGGCAAGGUGGAGUAUGUCAGAGGCUCUGACGCAGAGGGAAAAUUCGGGCCUCACGGAAUCCCAUCGGCCCUACUAAACCCUGACCCAGCGCUGAUUACGAUUGAAUCUGCAACCCUUACACCAGAAACGCUCGCGGCAGACGAGGGCGAAGCACAUAAGCCAACUCCCUCUGAAGAUAGCCAGACAGACGACGUGGUGAACAAGUUGGCCGAGGCUCAGGUGGCUAAGAGCCCAGAAAUGCAAGAGCGAGCCCGACCACCGUCACUCAUACGGCCACCGCUGGGGAACGAAACUGGGAGGGAUCUAAACAUGGACAUGGAUAUACCAGAUGUCCAGGAAUAGACGUCUAUAAGGGAUUUUAGAGGGUAUAAUGGACUGGGUACAGUAUGAUUUGCUGC